AUGAGUGAAGCAUCACAGCCGGGGACGCCGCCGGUCGGGCCUCAGCGGGAAUCUGGCACGGCGAGGACAGCCUUGCCUUCUCGACCUAUGUCGGUAAAGAAUCGCGAAACCACACCAUCUGGUCCCAUCAACUCUGCUCCAUCUCCGACAGAAAGCGACGGCCAGAGGCCUACGCAUGCCGAUGAGUAUGCUGCCUUGAAUGCAAGGGAAAGGGAAAAUGUAGGCAACGAUGACGACCUCUCGUCGACUGCUGGCAGCCCUAGGAGCACGUCGAGUGCGCCUAAAACCAACAAACUAUUGGCGGCAAAUGCGCAGGAACAAGGCGGGCAGGUUUGCAGCAACUGUGGCACUACCCGUACUCCCCUUUGGAGGAGAAGCCCCCAAGGUGCAACUAUUUGCAACGCCUGUGGCUUAUACUUGAAGGCCCGGAAUGCUGCUCGGCCUACGAGCCUGAAAAAGCCGCCCAACUUGGUGCCCAGCACCGGCUCAGCCCAGCCGCCUGCUAAGCCAAGCUCCUCUCCUGCACCAAAGCUGCUGCCAAACGUCGCUGGCGCAACCUACGUGGCAGCCGAUGCUACUCAGUCAGGCACCUGUCCAGGCGGCGGCCGCUGUAACGGCACCGGUGGCGCUGAAGGAUGUAACGGAUGCCCUGCAUACAAUAACCGCAUGUCAAAGAGCGCCCAGCUCAAUGUGAUGCAGCGACAAGGCGGAUGCCAUGGCCGUGUUGAAACUAAGACUGAACCAGUUCCCAUCGAUAUCAAUGCCCUUCAGGCCCAAGAACGGGAUACCACGGUUAUCAUCGCCUGUCAAAACUGUGCAACUACAAUAACCCCCUUGUGGAGGAGAGAUGAAAGUGGACAUACAAUCUGCAAUGCUUGUGGGUUGUAUUACAAGCUACAUGGUGUCCAUAGACCAGUCACUAUGAAAAAGGCCACUAUCAAAAGGCGAAAGCGAGUUAUUCCCGCGGCGCAGGAUGAGGAUAUGGACGAGGGCAUGGAGGGACUGGAAACACAAAGCCAGGAGACCCCGGAGAGGGGAACUAUUAACGAAGACGGAUCCGUAAAUCUAGGCCUUCGACGUCGUCCUGGUCACCCUCUGACCAUCGAACCCCAACCGACCAGCCGAAAUCCUUCACCACUACCUUCUGCAUCUGCGUCUGAUCUGGCAGUGUACCACCAACACAGCACCGCAUCACGCAGUAUGCCACCAUCUCUAAACGACGAGAAUAAACUAGCGCCGCUAGCUUCGAUGAACUCAACAAUGGCCGACGAAAGACAAUCCUCCCUAUCGCCUGCCUCUUUCCUUUCACCCAACCGCAAACGAUCGUUUUCAUCAACCGAGGCAGACUCUGUCAAAGGUGCAGAUGGUGGUCAUGAGAGCUCGAAGCGAAUUUCUUCCAUCAAAUCCAUCCUCAAUCCAUCGACCAAUGCCGAUGAAAUAUCAAAUACUGGGCCUACCAGUGCGGAUCGGGGAGACUAUUCUCUGCCGCCCCUGAGGUCUCCGGCCAGUAUAUCACCGAAACCAUCAGGCGGCGGUGGAUUUACGCCUUUAAACGCGGCACCAAGGCCACACGAUAUCGAUGCGGAGAGCGAACGAAUCAAGGCAGAGCGCAGAUUGUUACUGAGGCAAGAGGCUGAGCGGAUGCGGGAGAUGCUCGCUGCAAAAGAGCGAGAACUCAUGGAGUUGGGAGAAUAA